CAAAAUGUAGAAAUCCUAUAUAUUAUAUACACUAUCACUAUGCAGAUGAAAGAUACAGCUGCAGAUAGUGCUUAAUGCUUGAAAUCUAUUAGUAUUGACUCAUUCAUUUCUUCCUCUUUCUCAUAAAUUAGCUACUUUUCUUUCUCUCUUUGAAUUAAGUAGAAGUUUCAUUCCCUUUCCUUUCCCCAAACGAUCAAUCGAGAAAUUAAUUGAAGACAAAAUAAAAGGAGGAUGCUGAAUGGGAUGCUCUGGAUGGACGGCUCCAAAGGCGGAGACGGCGACGACGAGCAGGCAUCUUCUUGGCCCCCGCCUGAUCCGCCCCAAAACAACAACAACAACAACGACAAGGAGAACAACGAGGAUAUGAGCUUGGCGAAUAAUACUAGUAAUGAAGAGAUGGAAAUGUCGAGCUUCAAAUCGAUGCUGGAAGCCGAGAACGAAGACUGGUACAUCGCCAACGGCUCCUUCUCGCCAAGCUUCAACAACCCCAUGGCGGUGGAUUCGUCGGCCUCAUGCUCUCCGACAUCCGCCUCCGUUUUCAGCCACCAACUCAACUACUUUUCACAGCCGAAGCCACUGUUGAUCCAAAACAACAACAACAACAACAACACGGCCUUCGAGAGUGGAUAUCUGGAGACCGCAUUGAAUAAUAAUAAUAACAAUAGUACUAUUCAUCACCGGAUUCCCAACUGCGGCGACGCCAUGUUGGAUGGCAAUUCGUUUCUCUUCAACAACAGAUCCAAGGUUUUGAAGCCGCUCGGAUCAUCGAUGGGGCCUCAGCCGACGCUAUUCCAGAAGAGGGCUGCUCUCAGGAAGAAUCUUGGGAGUAAUUUGGGGUGUUUGAGCUUAGAUAAUAGAAAUAAUAAUAAUAAUCAGAUAUUAGUAUUUAAUGAGAGGAAAUUAGGAAUGAGCAGUGGGGAUGAUUUGAGCAUUGAUGGAUCUAAUUUCAACUGUGAUUCUGAUGAUGAUAACUUGUUAGAGAGUAGUGUUAGGAACGUCGUCGUCGACGGAAAGGGGAAGAAGAAGAAGGGCCUUCCGGCCAAGAAUUUGAUGGCGGAGCGGCGCCGCCGGAAGAAGCUCAAUGAUAGACUCUACACGCUCAGGUCUGUCGUGCCCAAGAUUAGUAAGAUGGAUAGGGCAUCAAUACUAGGGGAUGCCAUUGAUUACUUGAAGGAGCUCCUGCAGAAGAUCAACGACCUCCACAACGAACUCGAGGCCAUCCCGGGUGCAUCUACCCCGACCACAAACAUGAGUUUCUACCCCAUGACGCCUACAACGCCUGGGAUUCCUGCCCGCAUCAAGGAGGAGCUCUGCCCGAGCGCCUUUGCAAGCCCAUUGAGCAGCCCAACCGGACAACCGGCUAGGGUUGAGGUGAGACUAAGGGAAGGAAAUGCAGUAAACAUCCACAUGUUUUGUGGGCGUAAACCCGGGAUUCUACUCUCCACUCUGACUGCAAUCGACAAUCUUGGACUAGACAUCCAACAAGCUGUCAUCAGUUGCUUCAAUGGCUUUGCACUCGAUAUUUUCCGAGCUGAGCAAUGGGGAGAAGGGAAAGAGCUAAACCCUGACCAGAUAAAGGCAGUGCUCCUCGAUUCAGCUGGCUUCCAUGGAAUGCACUGACUUUCAACUCUAAACAAGUGAUCUCUUCCUAUUUCGAUCAUCAUUUUUCUUUGUUUUGUCGUUUAGAUUUGUUUUCUGUCUUUGAAUUCCCAGAUGUUGUGAAUCCAUUUUGAUAUGUUGUCGUUUAUGAAUAAGCCUGCUUAUGGAUGAGUCGCUUAUAAUUUUAA